GACAGUACGCCGGCUAACGAUACAGAUACGCCUACCCCACCUGUUACUACCUCCAACACACCCGUUGCUACGGCUAACUCUAAAGACCAAUGCGCUCCCCAGUCAACGGCAACAGCCACGGAUACCUCGGAAAAUGUUGCACCAGCCACAUCCGCUCAGGAUCAGGUGGUGCCAAAGCCGACGGUUGUAGCGAGUUUGCCAGAACACAAAUCCUUGUCCGACAUGAGUGAACCAAUUCAGGCCGCCAUCACCUCUGCCAUUCGCUCCCCUAGUAUUGGUCUGUGCGACAUCGUUGCCAAGCAAAAGGCGGCAACGGCGUCUCAAGCCGCCGCCGCACCCACCACGCCAACCAAACCGUCUGAGAAGCUGUCCAACGUACCACAAGCAACCGGAUCGCAGAUGCCAGAAGUAGCGGUAAAGGAUGGCAUUGCAAGUGUGGUCAAUGCAGCCGCCGUUGAUACCGCAGCCAUAGUGAAAAAGGGCAAGACAGAAGACGCAGCAGUCGCACCAAUGAACGAAGAAAGGUCCAAGCCCUUGCCUAAACCGGAUUCCUCACUCCCAGAGGGAGUUGUGACACCUCAUGAUGGUGCCAAUGAUCCCACUAUCCAAAAGCCUUUACCCACAGCCGCAACAUCCACUACUUCCCAGGGCGUGCCUGCUGUGAACUCGGAACCUCAGCCAAAAGACGCUCCCACAAAAGACACACCGCAACAACCCAGCAGUCCUAAGCGCAGUGCUACAAGUAAGCUGAAGAAGUGCAUCAUUUUGUGAUUAGAAAUA